CCCAGCGCUCAUCUUUUGCACUUGGCCCGCUCAUUCAGCGCAAAAUCUGCGAGCGCUUACUGUGGGAUCGCAAUCUGCGUCUGCCCUCCUUGGGACUGCUUUGAUUGGAGUCUGACAUCGCCUUUGCGAUUCCAAUGUGGUCACAGCAUUUCAAUCCGUUGGGCCUCCGUCUUGAUUUCAGGCAGCUGCAUAAGAUAGGCGCUCCCCAUCCUCUUACCUAGACUCAUUCUCUCCUCGAUUUCACCCACCCUACCGUGCUUACCGGUUACUCCAUCUCCAUGCGUUCCAAUUUGGUUGUCUCGAUACUUGCCGUCGUGCUCUUAGCGCAGCAAUCCACGUCUGCCUUGGCGCAGAGACACUCUAGGCACCUCGUCCACGACUUGCGUAUUGCGUUCAGUGCUGUUUCCAAGAGGAGAUACAGCAAUGAUGCUGUGUCCACACAGCAGGUGCUGUAUUGCAAGAACUUACGCCUCGGGUCGGGUUUGCAAUCGGCAAGCACUGGGCAUAUGGUUACCGCUCAGUCAUCCAGUUCGACGGCCCUUGCUCUAUCCCCUACACCCGCAACGAGUACGAGCAGCAACGGUCUGCCAGCCAGUACAACCAUCCCUGCAUCCAGUACGAGUGUGGCUGGCGAUCCGGCAUGGACGCUUGUACAGACAUAUACGGGCUCGACAUUCUUCGACGGCUGGCAAUUCUGGGACAGCGCCAUUGACGGCCCGGACCCCACCGGUGGCGCAGUGGACUAUGUCAAUCAGGCUGAAGCACAGAUGGCUGGCUUGAUCGAGAUCAACGAUGCUGGAAAUGCUGUCAUCCGAGUCGAAACUACACCUUCAGUGGCAUCCAACCGGAAGAGCAUUCGGAUAACCACACAAAUGUCGUUCACCGGCGGGUUGGUUAUUAUGGAUUCGCUUCACAUGCCCGCAGGCUGUGGAACUUGGCCGGCGUUCUGGUCGACGGGCCCCAACUGGCCUGCAGGUGGAGAGAUUGACGUGGUUGAAGGUGUCAACGAUGUCCUGGAGAAUCAAUCCACGAUUCAUACUUCCCAAGGCUGCACGCUUCCGAGUAGCGACCCGGCGCAACUGAACACGACCGCAGCUGUUGUCACGGCCGAUCUCAAUUGCGUGGCAAACCUUACUGAAACUGCCGGAUGUUGGAUGCAGUCGGGAUCAAAUGUGUCGUUCGGGGCAGGAUUCAAUUCCAUCGGAGGUGGAGUCUAUGCGAUGAAAUGGGACUCCGAGGGAAUUUCUGUCUGGUUCUUUCCGCGCUCGAUCAUUCCCUGGGACAUCUCAUCGGACAACCCAGUCCCGGACAGCUGGGGACUGCCUGUUGCACACUGGCCAGCGUCCACAUGCAACCCAGAGCAAUAUUUCUCCGCACAUUCCGCCAUUUUCGAUAUCAGUCUCUGCGGACAGUGGGCAGGAACAGUCUGGGGCACCAACUGUGCGACGUUGACAGGCUUCCCAACCUGCGAAGCAUUUGUUGCGCAGCAGGGCGUGUCGUUUAUCGAAGCUUAUUGGGAAGUGAAGAGCCUCAAGUUUUUCAACUUGACCUCGGUCUUCUGACGCAUGUAUCACAUACAAUGUACAUCCGCAGAAUCGUGCUCGAAUAGGACACUCGCGUAUUAGGAAGGAGGGAAAGAAAGAAGAUCAAUCUCGUGUCAUACAGUAUCACUGAGGUUGUUACAACACAGGUCCUCACGGUGCGACGUAUACACGUCAAGGAUCGGGGGGUUUGGAGCUGCGAGGGAGCGCCAUUCAUGCUGAUUGCGCUAUCCUUGAUUGGUGCGCAGAUGCCCCGCAUCUCCGCAAUUUAGUUCCAAGGAUCCCUCCCACAAAUCAAUGAUACUUACUAGAUCCAAAUAUGAUCAACUUCGAUUGCCACGUGA